AUGUCCGCCUUCAUCACUGCCUACGCGGUCGGCCUAACCAACGGCGGCCUCGACAACGGCGAGAACCGCUACCGCAUUAGCGCAUCCAGCGAGGAGGCCCUCGAGCGCUGGAUUAAGAAUAUUGAGAAGUCCCUUAUCAAGAAUGUCAACAACCGCUGGUUCAUCUUUGACUUUAACGGGUUCCCAAACAUCUACAACUCCUUCCUUGAUAUGCCCAAGGCCCAUGCCGGCGAGAUCAUUAUUGAGCACUUGCACAGCCCGCUUGUGAUGGGCAAGAACCCGCCUCGUGUUUAG